CUAGACAUCUGACCUGCGCCGACAACCGAGCGCAUAUCGGCUUACCGGGAAAUGAGGCGGCGUCGAAGGAGAGAACCGAAUCUCCAAAUCUACCCGUGUUGCAAAUAUUUGUGUAGAGUUGAGCAACCUCAUGUAGAAAGCCAGUCUUGUCGAGAAAGGCCGGGUACUCGAACAACACAAGGGCCUGCAGCGCACACGGCAUCAGGCAUCAGCACAACAAGAUGGCGAUCAUGAACGGCAACGGCACCCACGAGCCAUGUGGGCAAUCUGGACUCUGGAUCACGGGGUUGGGUCACCAGUAUCCAGCUUACCUUUGUGGGCCUGAACGUCUGGAGGAGUUGGCCACGCGCUUCUACGACGUCGAAAGACCUGGGUAAGACGCACUUGCCACCACACCUGAAUGCUGGGUGAAAAAAAGAAAAUGACUGACACCUCAGCGUCCUUGGUCAGGCUCAAGAAGUUGCUGCAGGUCAACCGAGCUUCCGGCAUCGAUCAGAGGCCGUGCAUCCAGGACAUGGGCUCGAGCUCAGCCUUUCUGCAUCGUCCUGAAAUGCCGUCCAUUACUGAUCUGAACGCCAUCUGGCACAAGGCAGGCGUUGACCUGGCUGCGCAGGCCUGUCGCAAGGCGCUAAAGGAGUGGGGUGGUGCGCUGUCCGAAAUCACUCAUGUCGUCGCCUGCACCACGACUUGCUACGGGAACCCAGGCGUCGACUUGCUCGUGGCAGAAAGGCUUGGUCUCGGGCCCGAGGUGGAACGCGUACUCCUCGCGGGUGUGGGAUGCGCGGGCGGUCUUGCCAUCAUGCGCGUUGCCGCUCAACUGGCCUGUGGCGCGACAGCACGCCAAAAACCAGCGCGGAUCCUGGCGUUUGCUUGCGAGCUGUGCACCACCAACGCGAGGCAAGAACUAGCUGACGCUGAGGCCAGCACGAGCCCGGAGGAUAUCAGCAUCGCCGCGGCUCUUUUCUCGGAUGGUGCGGCGGCAUUGGUGCUGAGCAAUGAGGCUGGCCUUCUGCAAGACAGCGGACGAGGCCCUCUCUUUCAGCUCAUCGAUUGGGACAAUUCAACCAUCCCGAACACAAUGGAGCACAUGGGCUGGGACCUGUGUCCGACGGGCUAUCGGAUCGUCUUGACACGCGACGUAGCGACGAAGUCAGCCGGGGCGGUGGCACCCAUGUUUUCGAAGCUGUUGCCUUCGUUCCGCGACAAGGCCGGGCUUCCACAUGCGACGGCUGCUGACCUUGACUGGGCUUUGCAUCCAGGGGGCAAGGCCAUCAUCAACGGGGUGCAGGAGUCAAUGGGCCUGAGCGAGGCGCAGCUGUCUGCAACCAGACACAUAUACCGGACGCGCGGAAACUCGUCGAGCCCGACGGUCCUGAUUGUUUUGGACACGCUGAGGAAGGCUGAAGGAGGCAAGGACGACAUUGUCGCAGUGUCUUUUGGACCGGGCAUGGCGAUAGAAAUGGCCUUUCUUCGACGAUGCCACCCCGUUGAUGACGAUUCAGACUAGCCAAUAUGUCAGAUACAUGUACCUAGACCGUAGACGCCGGAAUGUUAGCGAAAAUCUUCCAAG